AGAUGAGAUGAUUAGUCCAUUUUAAAAAUGGCGUUGGUUUAGGCAGAAAUGUGAUGUCUUUGUUUUUGUGAUGCCUUGUUGGAUACUGGAGAAAAUUUCGUAAUGUUAGACGAAGUAGAGGAGUUUACGUUUAUCCCUCCCCCAGAAGCUCCCGUGUUUGAGCCCACAGAGGAGGAAUUCCAGGACCCUUUAGCUUACAUUGCCAAGAUAAGACCUUAUGCCGAGAAAACAGGCCUUUGCAAGAUUCGGCCACCCCCGGACUGGCAACCACCCUUUGCGGUGGAUGUAGAGAAUUUUCACUUUACUCCGAGAAUCCAACGUCUCAAUGAACUAGAGGCAAGGACACGAGUUAAACUCAAUUUCCUUGAUGCUUUGGCAAAGUUUUGGGAAUUACAGGGCACCAUCUUUAAGAUCCCUCAGGUUGAACGAAGGAGCUUAGAUCUGUUUCGUCUUUACAAGACCGUCCAUGAAGAGGGAGGAUUUGAGCAUGUCACCUUCAAGAAAAAGUGGUCCAUUGUUGCAAGAAAGAUGGGGUAUUCUGUGGGUAAAUCAGCCCCUUCAUUGCUGAGGAUGAACUAUGAAAAGUACCUCUACCCAUAUGACAUCUUUCAAGUUGGUGCAUUCACUGGAGAAGCAGUGCCAACAGUUGAGCAGAUGAAGAAAGAUGUGAAGGACUUUGAGUAUACCCCAACACAAACCCUUAACACAAAUUACCAGGCCUCACGACGAACAAGAAGAGUCAAGAUUGAAGACACAGAUGAAUCCAUUGACUAUGACAGCAAUCCUGAACUUAAGAAACUCCAAUUCAUUGCCCCUGGGCCCAAAAUGGCAAAAAUAGUACCCAACCCACAAGAGCCUAAACUGAACUUCAAGCAAAUGGCUCUCAAAGCAAACAACCCUGCGUCUACAAAGCCAUCUAUUCCACUUGACCCCAAUGAGUCAUCCCCUGCAAAGUCAACCAGAACAAAGCACAAGGAUAGCAGUCAACUCAAAAUCGAGAAUAUCAACAUGGGUAAAGAGCCAGAGCUCACUAGAAGGCGACCAGUCCGCCAGGCCAGCAUUCGCAAGCUACAUAAAGCCAAGGGUCAAUGGGUCGAUGAGUAUGUGUGUCAAGUCUGUACUAAAGGGGAUUCUGAGGAUUCCAUGUUGCUAUGUGAUGGCUGUGAUGACAGUUACCAUACCUACUGUCUCAUACCACCCCUAACAUCAGUACCUAGGGGUGACUGGAGGUGUCCCAGAUGUGUGGCUGAGGUACUGGCCGAAUGCAAUAAGCCGGUUGAGGCAUUUGGCUUUGAGCAGGCCAAAAAGGUAUACUCCUUACAGUCCUUUGGUGAGAUGGCAGAUGAAUUCAAAAGGGAUUACUUCAAGAUGCCCCCUGAAGAAGUCCCUACUGAGAUAGUGGAGAAGGAGUUUUGGCGACUGGUGUGCUCUAUGGAUGAAGAUGUUCAAGUGGAGUAUGGUGCUGAUCUACACAGUGCAAAGCAUGGUAGUGGCUUCCCAAGGAAGGGGGAAACACAUACACCUGAGGAAGAGUUCUAUGCCAACUCAGCUUGGAAUCUGAACAACCUUGCUAAUCUGGAGAAGUCUGUCUUGAGCCACAUCAGUGCUGAUAUCUCGGGAAUGAAGGUCCCAUGGGUGUAUGUUGGGAUGUGCUUUAGUAGCUUCUGCUGGCAUAAUGAAGACCAUUGGAGCUACUCUGUCAACUACAUGCACUGGGGAGAACCCAAGACUUGGUAUGGAAUUCCUGGAGAUGCUGCUGAGGAAUUUGAGAUGGCAAUGAAAGAGGCUGCACCAGAGCUCUUUGAAGCCCAGCCUGACCUCCUGCACCAACUGGUGACCAUCAUCAGCCCUAAUGCCCUCACUGCCAAGGGGGUGCCUGUGGUCAGGACUAAUCAACAUGCUGGGGAGUUUGUCAUCACCUUCCCAAGAGCAUACCAUGCUGGCUUUAACCAGGGUUAUAAUCUGGCUGAGGCCGUCAACUUUGCCACUUCAGAUUGGCUUCCAAUUGGUCGUCAUUGUAUCAAUCAUUACCGUGAGAUGACCCGCAAUCCAGUUUUUUCUCAUGAGGAGCUUGUUUGCAAGAUGGCUGCAGACCCUGAUGGUCUAGAUCUUGACCUUGCCAAGGCAGUCUAUGAUGAGAUGCUGGCCAUAGUUGAGACUGAAACUAAGAGAAGGAAUACACUCCUAGAGAAUGGUGCCCAGGAAUUUGAGCGUGCAGAAGCAUUUGAACUUCUGCCUGAUGACGAACGACAGUGUCAGAUAUGCAAGACAACUUGCUUUCUGUCCGCAGUAACAUGCAAGUGCUCUGAGGAGAGAUUAACCUGUUUGGAUUGUGCAUCUGAACUUUGUGCCUGCAGGCCUUCAGACAAGACGUUGAGGUAUCGCUACACCCUAAAAGAACUUCCAUCAAUGCUGUAUCGACUGAAGCAAAGGGCUGAAUCAUUUGAUAACUGGGCUAGUGGAGUCAAAAGGAUUUUAGAGUUAGCAGACAACAAAGUCAGUGUCGCUGAGCUUAAGGAGCUAGUUACCACAGCUGAGCAGAGUCAGUUUCCAGAGUGUGACUUAUUAACCCUGUUGAAAGGGGCUGUGUCUGAGGCUGAGCGCUGUGCUAGUGUUGCCCUUCAGCUGGUUAGCAGAAAGCACAGGACCAGGCAUAAUCUACCUGCCACACACACGCCAGUGGCCAAACUAAGCCUUGAAGAGCUACAGGCCUUCAUGCAGCAGUUACAGGGCUUGCCUUGUGUGAUACGGGAGGCAGAUCUUGUGCAGGACCUUAUGAUGCAUGUAGAGAGUUUCCAGUGUGAGGCCCAGAAGGUCCUGCAAGAGCCUGUACCAGAUGUUGACAAGCUUCAGCAGCUGCUCGACACAGGGGGAGGGCUAGACGUAGAGCUGCCCGAGAUACCCAAACUCAAACAGGAAUUGUGCCAAGCACGGUGGCUUGACCAAGUUGGAAUCACCUUGGCCAAUACUGAAGUUGUAUCAUUUGACACAGUGUUGGAAUUGCUAGAAACUGGAGAAACGCUUACCCAAAGACCAGCUGUAGCCAAAGCUGUGAGCGAAUUAAAGGAACUUGUGUCCCUUGGCGAACAGUGGGAAGAAAAAGCAAAAUUGUGUUUGCAAGCCAGGCCACGCCAUGUAAUGGCCACUGUGGAAGCCAUUGUGAAGGAAGCAUCUAACGUACCAGUGUACCUGCCCAAUGUCAGUGCCCUGAAAGAGUCCUUGCGCAAAGCAAAGGAAUGGUCAGACAAGGUGGACCAAGUACAGAAUGAUGAGUACUACCCUUACCUCGAUGUAUUGGAGACCCUUGUGAUGCGUGGGAGGCCCAUACCUGUGCGACUGGAGCAACUGCCGCAGAUGGAGUCGCAAGUAGCUGCUGCCAGGGCCUGGAGGGACAGAGCUGCUAGAACAUUCCUCAAGAAGAACUCACAGACUCCUCUACUUGAGAUUCUCUCCCCAAGGAAGGACAUAGGGUCGUACAAAUCGUGUCCAAAACUCAGGAAAAAACGGGAAAAGGAAAAGGAGAAAGAUAAGGAAAAAGAGAAAGAGGUGAUCUUAGACUUCGAAGCAUUAGACAAGUUCAUAGGGCGUAACCCAAUGACUCAAAUCGCCGAGUUUAGGGAGGCCGAGGCGGCAGAGCUUGAAGCCAUCAGAAAACUACGGGUGAUGCACGCUGAUCGACAAAAUGAGGAGGACGCUAGUAAAAGACCUAUUGAACAUACUGAUGGACAAUACUGCGUGUGCAGGCGAGGCCCCGAGGGGUUCAUGCUGAUGUGCGAACUCUGUAAAGAGUGGUUUCACAGUUCUUGCGUGCCUCUACCACGCACGCAAAGUGGUAAGACAGUAGGUAAAGGAUCUGCGGGCAUUGAAGCAGCCAAGGAACUCAAGUAUACUUGCGUGCUAUGUCACAGAUCAAGACGACCGAGACUAGAGACAAUUCUAUCCCUGCUGGUGUCACUACAGAAGCUUCCUGUGCGACUCCCGGAGGGAGAAGCCCUCCAGUUUCUCACAGAACGUGCUAUGAACUGGCAGGACCGUGCCAGACAAUUACUAGCAGACACAGACAUCUCAAAUAUCCUUACUAGUCUCAAUAAACCAGAGGAGCCAGCCAUUUCUGGUGUAUCGGCAGAGAAUCUGUCUGCCUCAGCUGCUUUGCUGCGUCUUGCUCAGACAGCCCCGGAGCCUGCUACAACAGGGGCGGAUACUCCAUCUGAAAGCCCAGCAAAUGAAGGGGCCCCUCCUGCAAAGAAGCAGCUGAGAAGACCGGGUAUUGUGUUGUCAGAUGAGAAGAAGAUGGCGGUAAAAGAGAUGAUGAUGGAAGGUGACCUAUUGGAGGUUACGCUUGAUGAGACGGAGCAGCUGUGGAAAGUUCUACUCAGCCAGCGGACUGUCGAAGACCACGACCACAAGUCAUUUGCUGUUAAACCCGAAAAGGAUAAGACAAAGCGCAAGCGCCGUAAGAAGGAAGUAGACGAAGAGAAGGGCAAACCAGCUCGACGUCCAUCUUCCUCCUCUUCCACCACGAACGCUUCUGAACCUGCUGUCCCAAAGAAACGGCGAAGGAAACAGAAACUCAAAUUACAAGAAGAGCUAGUGAAUGUGGAAGAUGAUGACGAGGAGGAGGAUCCUUGUGCAGCCGCCUCAUGUUCUCGCCCAAUUGGGGAAGAAGUGGGAUGGGUGCAGUGUGAUCAGUGCGAGCGAUGGUACCAUCUGGUAUGUAUUGGGCUGAGUUCCGAGCGUGCAGAAGCAUUAGACUCGUACCACUGCAAGCUGUGCACAGGUCAGGUAGUAAACCUCACCAGCACUGAGAGCCCGUUGCCGGAAUCACCGGACUCGGUGACUGUGGACGUAGACAGUACAACUCCUAAUGAGCACACGCCCUCUGCCUCUCCGCCCAGGAGGGAGAGCGCUAGUGGGUCUGAGGAGGGGCAGGCUAUGUGUGUUGACCUUGUAGCUCCAGCUGAGACAGAGGUUCCAGUAAACCCUCCACCGCAGGUGCAUGUACAGGUCGCACAGCAUUCAUCCUGAUAACCAGGGCUUGUGAAUAAAAGUUAAUGAUAAUUAUUCGGUAGCGAUCGAGCAUAUAGACGUUUGGAACUGUCCUCGGUUUCGUUUGCUCUAGAUAAAUCCCUUCGCUACGAAAGAUUGACCGCCACUAAAGCUAUGUAGCUAAUUAUUUAUACUUUGUACAUAACUAAAAAAAACUGCUUAUUGAAUGAUUACUCGAUCAUGGCUUAACGUAGUUAUCUAAAAGUCUGAGAAAUCAAUAAGAGACUUAAUGAAUCUAUUCAAUAUCGGACAAUAUGCUUUAUUUCUCGUUCAAUAUUGACUGUAAAUACGUUUCAAGGUGUUAUAUAUAUAUGAUAGUGGUGGUAGUUUUGCUUUGCCAUCUAUUAAUGACGAAUAGUCGUCCAGCCCGUGAUAUGCAUAAGCGCCAUGCAAGUUGUAGUUAGGUCUCAAGAAGUCGGCGUAAUAUCUUAUUCCGCCACUGACUCGUGCCCUACUAUUAGUGUACUACGGUACACACGCAUAUCACGGGGGAAAGUCGCCGCUAAACGAUACCUGCAAUUUGGCUGAUACAACCACAGUUGAAAUAAAAAUAUCUUCGAGGAAA